UUCGUCACUGUGGGCUCCACGGGAUUCGACUCACUUGUAGAAGCAUGUACCGCGGCAUCAUUUCUGAAUGCGCUCGAGCGCUUAGGAUAUAAAACGCUGUUGAUUCAGUACGGCUCGUCUGAAUCGAUCUUUAAGCGCAACAGGAACAACAGCAGCAAUGACAACAACAGUAAACUCACGUUGCAAGGCUAUGCUUACAAGCCUUCUAUAACGCAAGACAUGGAGAAAGCUUCUCUAGUGAUUAGCCAUGCUGGAUCAGGAUCUAUUUUACAGGCACUAAGGAUACCAAAACCACUGAUUGUAGUAAGCAACAGCCUUCUAAUGGAUAACCAUCAACAAGAACUUGCACAAGCAAUGAGCGACAAAGGCUAUUGCAUAUGUAGCAACCCGAGUAACCUUAUUGAUGCUGUUGAUGAGCUCAGUAGCAAAGAGCUGGUUCGGCUACCGCCUCCAUCCACCAGCGCAUUUGCCAAUUUAUUGAAUACACAUAUGGGGUUC